AUGUGCCAUGAAAAUUUCAUUACAGUCGUCCUGAAAACGCGUUUCCUUUCUCAUCAAUUUUUCAUGUGGAAUUUUCACGGACAGAAAUAUUGCAACGUCUUAAAUGAAAUACUAAAGCACAAGUCGUGGCUCAGGUACGCAACAUCGGGAGAAAACUUUUUGAAGCAUGUCACUCUGGCCGGUGACGCACUGCCACCCAACGACAAAUAUUAUCGCGCUGAGAAGAAAAACGUCCCACAAAUAUUUACACAGCACUCGUGGAAAACUGAAAUAAACAAGAAGAAAAGCAGACGUGUGCAAAUAAGCCGAGACCAGUUACAUCAACAAUUCCUUCUUCUGGUCCGAAUGGCGUAA